UCCUAGGUGCAUAUGAGCUGAGUAUACGGAGUACAGAUAUCUGAGCAUCUGAGACCUAGUAUCGACUCAUAUUCAGGUUCCAAGCUGUCGUGCAUCUAUUUGAAAGGCAUCAAAGCCUUGCCAGCCUUACCGAGGCCCCGAGAUACAAGCCCCGGAAGCCCAGAGUUGACGAUACAUUAGGCGGUUACCACGCCUAAUGACCCUAGUGAGUCUAGGGCAACUCGGCUGUGCAGUAACUGGCACUAGGAGCCCUGAUCUGUGUGGCUGAUGCAACUGCAGACGAUGGAAAGGUGGCGGCUCAAAUCUGCCACCUUUCAACACUCCAUGUUUCUGUUUCCGCCCUGACGCUUGUCGCUGCGACGCUUUCGGCUGCGCUGGGACUUUGAAACACCCUGCAUCUGGACUUUAUUAGAUCUUCCCGACCGCAGCCACAACCAAAGCACUUUCUCCAUACACGGCAUUACACUCUUCGCGAAUCUUUGUACAUAUCCUCCUCUGUUUCUCUGCGCCGAAUUUGAAGAACAACUGGACCUGUAUUACUAUUGACUUCAUAGAACGGCUCGGUCAGGCCCCUUACCGAGUACAAUCAAUCCGCCUUCAAGAUAUGCCCUUGCUCCUCCACUAAUUCCACGAGUCCCGAUAUCGUUCCGCAUUCCUCCUCCUUGCGCAGGCGCAAAUAUCUUCCUCUGAAUCACAAUGGUGUCCACGUCGAUACAAGACCGGACGAAUGAGUUCCGCACGAUCCUAGCCCAAGCGCAGAAACGACAAUCGGCCACAAAAGGAGGGCCUCAAAGGCAGUCGCUCCUCAGUGAAAGCCAGAAAAGAGAAGCAAAUGGAACGCCGAAUGGUCCUUCAAGGAGCUCUCGGUCCGAGUUCGCUCGCAAUGCCGCCCAAAUUGGCCGUGGCAUUACGGCCACAAUGGGAAAGUUGGAAAGACUCGCCCAGCUCGCGAAGAGAAAGGCCAUCUUCGAUGACCGGCCCGUGGAAAUUUCUGAGUUGACAUACGUUAUCAAGCAAGAUCUUGCUGGCCUCAAUUCUCAGAUUUCUGCGCUGCAACAACUGACGCAGUCGCAACAUCCAACCGCCUCAUUACCACGAUCAGCAGACCAAGAAGGGCAGCAUAACAAAAAUGUCGUACUUCUACUUCAGAACAAAGUGACCGAUGUCGCCGCGAAUUUCAAGGAUGUGUUGGAGGUCCGAACGAAAAACAUCCAGGCAUCAAGAUCAAGGACUGAGAACUUCGUUUCAUCAGUCUCAGCGCGUUCACAAUCGCACUUGGACGAAACCCGAUCGGAGUCACCGCUAUAUCAAAAUGGAAGCCGGCAGAGGACGCCUCAAACUUCGACACAAGAUCUUUUGAGUCUGGAGCCUUCAAGCACAUCGACACUGAUGCGUAAUGGCCCCCAGUCAGACCAUCAACUUUUACUCAUGGAAGAAGCACAACCGGCAAACACGUACAUUCAGGAACGAGGUCAAGCCAUCGAAGCCAUCGAACGCACAAUCAACGAGUUGGGAGGAAUUUUCGGGCAGCUUGCGAGUAUGGUUUCGGAACAGGGCGAAAUGCUUCAACGCAUAGAUGCAAACACCGAGGAUGUAGUGGAUAAUGUUCAGGGAGCCCAGCGAGAACUUUUGAAGUAUUGGAAUCGAGUACAAGGAAACCGGUGGCUUGUAGCCAAAAUGUUUGGUGUGCUGAUGAUUUUCUUUUUGUUAUGGGUUCUGAUAUCUGGUUGAACUCCUACCACAGGCAAAUGGAACGCGUGUGAUCCACCAAUUGUGUGCAUGCCGUCCUGGGCGUGUUCGUCUGUCGUGCAAAUUCACAUCUCUGAUGCCUUCCUGUCGAGAGAUCUGUCACGCAGGAAUAUCAGUUAUGUCUAUGCGAAGACAGACGAUGUCCAUCCGGAUAGCCCCGUAUCUUAAUCGCUGUCUUGCUCAACGUUAAGCAGACGUCCAUGCUUACGAGGAAUGUCGUAAGGAGAAAUGCAGAGGGCAUGGUGUCCGGCCUCUAUGGACACAAUCUUAUCAAGGACGACCCAACAGCAGAAUUUGGUGGGGAUACGUGGAAGACUCAGGAUGAGUAGGAGUUGUAGCAACCGCAUUUCAGGCACCACAGGCAUCUACUUGGUAUUUCCUCACGGCAAGAAAGGGAGAUCCGUUGAGAGGAUGCAAGGAUGGCAUUCUUUUGUAAAGCCCUUCAUCGAGGCUGUAUUUGAUUGUGUGGCAUCUAAUCUAACAGUAUUAAUCCGUGGGUAUCGCUUAGCUAUGAUCGACUUUUCAUGACCCAAAUAUCUUUAUGUACAUCCCAGUGUGAAUCAGCCACCGGUCACAACCUCGUCGGAAGUCAAUCAUCGCUGAAGCUGGGAUUGAUUGCGUCGGGGGUGUACUAAAGGAGGAUACUUCGAUCGUGCCCAUACGGAGGCUGCCAUUUGAGGGGAAUCAGUUCGGAUGAUGCUGCCAAUGCCCAUGAAGACACUGCCAUCUCAUCAGCUUGGGACAUUAUAGAAUGAACUUGUUUGUGCAUACCUGAAUGUAGC